AACAGUAACGUAAACAUACCUAAAUCAAAAACAUGCAUAAUAAUACGGCUAAACUCGCGUCUCCACUUUAUUAGCGCCUGGCUCUGUGACUCUCCGUUUCCAACUUACGGUACCAUGAGUCAUCAUCACCAUCGAAACAAGAAGAAAAUGUUCUCCUAUUUUGCUAUUAUCAGUGGUUCUGCUCCUACAACUACAACUACUUGUAGUGCUAAUCCUUUUAAUAUUAAUAUCCAGCCCAGGUAGAAAUUAAAAAUCAUGGCGGAUUUUUAGUCCAGCCCAUGUAGAAAUUGAAAACCCUGGGUCCGCCCUGCCUACUGUCAGAUGACUUUACGCCGCCUUGAAAUAAAAUAAUCUUUCUAAGAUUUCAAGUCGCACGAGAUGUCUCGCCAGUGUACUACCUCCGCGGUUCCAAAAUCCAAGACUCUUGACAACAAAUAUAUGCUCGGUGAUGAAAUUGGAAAAGGAGCUUAUGGUCGAGUUUAUAAGGGUUUGGAUUUGGAAAACGGAGAUUUCGUUGCAAUAAAACAAGUUUCUCUAGAAAAUAUAGCUCAGGAGGAUCUAAACAUUAUCAUGCAAGAAAUCGACCUGCUGAAGAAUUUGAGGCACAAAAACAUUGUGAAAUAUCUAGGAUCUUCAAAGACAAAGAGCCAUCUCCAUAUAAUCCUUGAGUAUGUGGAGAACGGUUCACUUGCAAACAUUAUUAAGCCUACUAAGUUUGGACCAUUUCCAGAAUCUCUGGUCGCUGUGUACAUAGCUCAGGUUUUGGAAGGAUUAGUUUAUCUGCACGAGCAAGGUGUGAUUCAUCGUGAUAUUAAGGGCGCUAAUAUAUUGUUAACUAAAGAGGGUCUUGUGAAAUUAGCAGAUUUUGGAGUGGCGACGAAAUUGACAGAGGCAGAUGCUAGCACGACAGAUGCACAUUGUGUUGUCGGAACACCUUAUUGGAUGGCCCCUGAGGUGAUUGAAAUGUCUGGAGUUUGUGCUGCAUCUGACAUAUGGAGUGUGGGUUGCACUGUCAUUGAGCUUCUUACAUGUGUACCUCCAUAUUAUGAACUUCAGCCGAUGCCAGCUCUCUUUAGGAUUGUGCAGGAUGAGCGUCCUCCGAUACCAGAUAGUCUUUCUCCAGCAAUGACGGAUUUUCUGUGUCAGUGUUUUAAAAAGGAUGCUAGGCAGAGGGCUGAUGCCAGGACACUGCUCUCACACCCUUGGAUACAAAACUCAAGACGUGUUUUACAGUCUUCACUUCGGCAUAGUGGAACAUUGAGAAAUGAGGAAAAUGGUUCUAUCAAUACUGGGACAACAAAUGAAGAUGAUCAGAGAAAUGAUGAAGACACUAGCACCCUAAAAGCUAAAGAUAACCAAACAGAUUUGUUAUCUCAAGAAGCUAAUGCCGAAAUUGACAAUUCUAGUGAAGAUAACAAUGCCAAACAUGAUCCUGCUGAAAAAAGUGUUGCUGGCUCUGGAGAUGAUAUUUUGUCUGAUCAAGUGCCUACCUUGACACUCCAAGAGAAGUUACCUGUAAAAUCUAGUUCUAAUUCUGAAGCGGCCAUGUCACCAGAGCUUCAUGAGCCAUCUCAGUCACGUAACCAGGAGAACAUGCCAAUUAAUGGUGAGUUGGGAUCACCUAAUCCUAGGAAGAAAAAUAUUGUUACCAGGAAAGCUGAAGUGAGAAGUUCUCAAGUUGAGAAUGGGUCUUCAACUUCUGCACCAAAGAGCCAAGAUUACAAUCCUAAAAAGGUACCUAAGGCAUUAAUAACCUCUGGAGGUAAUGAGCUGAGCAAAUUUAGUGAUACUCCUGGUGAUGCUUCUUUGGAAGACUUAUUCCGGCCAUUGGAUAAAACUCUGGAGGAUCAUGCAGCUGAAGCCUCAACAUUUGCAUCCUCUUCUAAAGUAGAUCAAGGCAAUGCCUUAUCUGUAGAUGAAGGGAGAAAUGUACUGGCAACAAAGUUGAGGGCAGCAAUUGCAAAAAAGCGAAUGGAACAUGAGUCGGGGCGAACAAGUGGUGGUGACUUGCUCCGUAUAAUGAUGGGUGUUUUGAAGGAAGAUGCUACUAAUACUGAUGGUUUGGUAAGAUUGGGCUUUGAUGAUCAAAUGCCGGCAGAUAAUCUUUUUCACCUACAGGCUGUAGAAUUUAGCAAAUUGGUAUCAUCAUUGAGGCCCGAUGAACCUGAAGAUGUGGUUGUAUCUGCUUGCCAGAAGUUAAAUACUUUUUUCGACCAACGCCCUGACCAAAAAUAUGUAUUCAUUACUCAGCAUGGUUUACUCCCUUUGAUGGAGUUGCUUGAAGUUCCCAGACCUGGUGUUAUGUUUGCGGUGCUUCAAGUUCUAAAUCAGAUAAUCAAAGAUAACACUGAUCAUCUGGAAAAUGCAUGUCUUGUUGGGUUUGUUCCAGUUGUAAUGAGCUUUGCUGAACCAGAUCAUCCUCGUGAGAUUCGAAUGGAAGCAGCUUAUUUCUUGCAGCAGUUGUGUCAUUCAAGUUCCUUGAACAUGCACAUGUUUAUUGCUUGCCGCGGAAUUCCGGUUCUUGUGGGUUUUCUUGAAGCUGAUUAUGCAAAAUACAGGGAAAUGGUUCAUCUUGCAAUUGAUGGAAUUUGGAAGGUGCUUAAACUUCAGCGGUCCCCUAGGAAUGAUUUUUGUCGUAUAGCGGCAAAGAACGGGAUACUGCCUAGGCUCACAAACACUCUAUAUAGCUUAAACGAGGCAACUCGGUUGGCUUUGGUAUCUAGCGGAGGUGAGAUUGCACUUGAUGGCAUAACUUUAUGGCCGCGGUCUAAUCAGUUGGAUCCAGGAAAUCCUACUUUUGUUCAAAAUGUGGCACAAGCUUAUGGAGACCAUCCUGAUUAUCUCAAGGUUAAGCAUGGAGUAGUUGAUGAUCCAUUGUCAUCUGGUACUCAUGACUCUUCACGAGCCUCAGAUUCUCGUUCUUCCGACUCCAGAUCUUUUCCUCUGGAUAGUGAUAGACCUCAGUCAAGUACAGCCUCUAUGGAUGGUCCCAUCACUACAAAAUUACAUGAGUUAAGCUCUUUUAACAAACUUGCACAUAGAACUUCAACAGACAGGACCCCAACAUCGACUGAUGGUGAAUCAAAUGGGCACUUUGUCACACAACCUCAGCAAGAUAAUGUUCGACUAUCUAAUGAGAAAAAAACAAACAGUCUUGAUUUGAUAGGUGACUUUGCAGAAGUUACAGGACAUGGAAGAGAACAUGCAAACCUUGAAUCUACUGUCAAAAGUCCACCAAAGAUUGCAGAUGAGGGAACCGCUGCUUCUACAUCUGAACUUGCUUCCCAGACAAUUUCUGGUGUCCUAUCAGGUUCUGGGGUUCUUAAUGCCAGACCAGGGAGUGCAAGUUCAUCUGGAUUACUUUCGCAGCCACCUUGGAGUGCUGAUGUUACUUGGGAAUAUGUAGAGAAGGUAGCAGACCUGCUACUUGAGUUUGCUGGAUCUGACACAGCUGUGAAGUCUUACAUGUGUAGUCAAAGCUUGCUCACUCGUCUUUUUCUGAUUUUCAAUAAGAUAGAACCUGCUAUUCUUUUAAAGUUAUUGAAGUGCGUUAAUCACCUUUCGACUGACCCACACUGCUUGGAGAAUCUUCAGCGAGCAGAUGCAAUCAGAUAUCUAAUUCCAAACCUUGAAUUCAAAGAAGGUCCUCUCGUGUCUCAGAUUCACCAUGAGGUACUCAAUGCUUUAUUCAAUCUCUGCAAGAUAAACAAGAGGAGGCAAGAACAAGCAGCAGAAAAUGGGGUCAUCCCACACCUGAUGUAUUUUAUCAUGUCAGCGUCUCCGUUAAAGCAAUAUGCAUUGCCACUACUCUGUGAUAUGGCCCAUGCAUCACGUAACGCAAGGGAGCAGUUAAUAUCUCAUGGGGGUUUAGAUGUGUACCUAAGCCUACUUGAUGAUGAACUUUGGUCUGUCACAGCAUUAGACUCUAUUGCCAUAUGUCUGGCUCAUGACAAUGACAAUAAGAGAGUGGAGCAAUCUUUAUUGAAAAAAGAGGCUGUUCAGAAACUGGUUAACUUUUUCCGGGGUUGUCCAGAACAACAUUUUCUGCAUAUAUUAGAGCCAUUCUUAAAAAUCAUCACGAAAUCUUCCCGAAUAAAUACAACUCUGGCUGUCAAUGGCUUGACACCGUUACUUAUUUUAAGGCUUGAACACCAGGAUGCUAUUACUCGACUCAAUCUGCUCAAACUUAUUAAGGCUGUGUAUGAGCACCAUCCACGUCCGAAGCAAAUGAUUGUGGAGAAUGACUUGCCUCAAAAGCUUCAGAACUUGAUCGAGGAACGUCGAGAUGGCCAGAGUUCUGGUGGCCAAGUUUUGGUGAAGCAGAUGGCAACCUCACUGCUGAAAGCACUCCAUAUAAACACUGUUUUGUAAUUGGUUUGUCAUCCUAUAGUAGCUAUACUCAGUUCUCGGUUGUAGUUCAUUUUAUCCGUAUUUUUGCAAAUUUCUUGUUUUCGAGAUUCAGGUUUCUUUCUUCAUGUAAAGAUUCAUAAAGACUUCAAAAAAAUUAUGACUUCAUCUUUCUAAUUCA